AUGAGGUUGGCGACACUGAGGAAUGUAGCGAUAUACUGAGUAUUUGGAAGCACAAUAGUUAGUUGUACGUUGUACGGGGACGCCUAAUGUGUCGUUGCCUUGUGUGUCAAUUGUGUUGUCGAUAAGUUUUAAUUGUUUAUCAUUCCAAUUAAAAGGAACUAAAAGAGUGUUAAGUCUGCGUUUUCUUUUAUUUAUUCAUUUUACAAUUGUAUUUUUAUUUUUUCAGUAUCAGUUUAAAAUGGUUUAUCUUAACAGUGACAGCAAGACACAAAUUAAACUAAAUAUUAAACAACAUCGACAAAAACUUUUUAAUUGUUUACAGAAUACUAAUGAUAAUGUUUUAAAAUCUAAAAUCAAAAACAUAAUUUUAAAUGAUACGAAAGACAAUGCUAAAGAAUCUAGUGCUAAGUUACUUAAGCCUAACCUCGAACUAAUUAAUAAAAUUACUAACCAUCAAGCUAGAUCAACUUUACAAGUAAAACAACCAAAACCUAAAGAAGCUGUUAAAAACAAUAAUCUUGAAGUUUUGACAAAUGCUGACAUACAAAAUCACAAAACCGUAAAAGUACCAAAGACUAAGAUAAAAGAUCACAAACAUCCACCUGUCUUCAAAAAACUCAAAGAAAUAUUACUAGAAGAGUUAGAUAAUAAUUCUGAUGAAAAUGAUGAUAAUAUUUCUGUUGGAAGUGAAGAUGAUAUUUCUGUUGGAAAUAAUGAUGAUUGGAAUGACAUAUGUCAACACGAAGAGAAUGACGGCAGUAACUUAAAAUCUAUAGAUGCAGUUAAAUAUUCUAAACAUGAACAGUCACAGAAUAACAACAAUAAAGAAGAAGAUUCUAUUUAUAUUUCUGAGUGUGACAGUGAUAUCGAUUAUCCAACUACCAGCAAGAUAUGUCAGACCGUAAAAAAAGCUGCAACAAAACCUCGAUUUAAAAAAAAGAAAAUUAAGAAGUUAGAAGAUUCUGAAACAAGGUUAAAACGCAAUACCAAUGAACGAAGAUUUCGAAACCUAGUAGCUAAACGUUUUGAUAAUCUGGGAAAAAGUUGCAUUUAUUUGACCUCUAAUAGACGCGUACCAACAAAGGUUAGCAUACUUUUGGCUGCUAGUAAAGAGUGUGAAUUGUUAAGACGUUUUGAAAAAAAAUUGUUGAUGGAAAAAAAAUUAUUGCAAAAAAAAAAAGAAGCCCUGGAUAUUAAAUUACAUCUUUUGAAGACAAUUUGUUUUAAUAAAUGA